ACCAUUCGGACAUCGCUAACGCACACAGCCACGGGCCGAGGGACACGCAACACAACAAAAAAGGACCUCUUUUGAGGAUUCUGGGGGAUGGCGGUGAAUGUGUACUCCACAUCCAUGACCAUAGAGAACCUGAGCAGACAUGACAUGCUUGCUUGGGUCAAUGAUUCUCUACAGCUCACCUACACCAAGAUAGAGCAGCUUUGCUCAGGUGCAGCAUAUUGCCAGUUUAUGGACAUGUUGUUUCCUGGGUGCAUUCUACUGAAGAAAGUGAAGUUUCAAGCAAAACUGGAGCAUGAGUACAUUCACAACUUCAAAGUACUACAAGCAGCCUUCAAGAAAAUGAAUGUGGACAAGAUCAUCCCAGUUGAAAAGCUGGUGAAGGGAAAGUUCCAGGAUAACUUUGAGUUUGUUCAGUGGUUUAAGAAAUUCUUUGAUGCAAACUAUGAUGGCAAAGAGUACGACCCCCAGGCAGCACGACAAGGCCAGGAUAUCAUCCCUUUGUCCAACCCAGGGCCUCAAAGGACUUCUCCAACAGGACCUAAAAACAUGCCCACGCCCCAGCGGCCGCCUAGCUCUGCCCCUUUCGCUGGUGUGAGACGCAACACACCCAUGUUACGGAAUGGAGGCAGUGAUGCUGAGAUCAUGGAACUCAACCAACAGCUGAUGGACCUGAAGCUGACAAUAGAUGGUCUGGAGAAGGAGAGAGACUUUUACUUCAGCAAACUCCGUGACAUUGAGCUCAUCUGCCAGGAGCAUGAAAGCAAGAAUAAUCCCAUCCUUACCAAGAUUGUCGACAUUCUCUAUGCUACUGAGGAUGGUUUUGCUCCCCCAGAAGAUAAUGAAAUCGAUGAACAGGCACCGGACCAGGAUGAAUACUAAACACUAAAAAAAAAACCCGAAACAAUGCAUCCAUUCAUCCUUUGCUCUUUCUCCCAUUCCAUCUCUCUUAUUCAAUAUUUUUCUUCUCUUGCCUUCAUUUAAUCUUUUUACACGCUUGAUCUUUUUUAUUGGUUCUUCAUUCUUAAUGUUACAUUAUUAGUCAUAAUCUAUUUUAAACAACCGCUGAUUAGCUUGAAAGCCUUUAACUUGUGCGUAGUGUGAGUGGUGCACUUACUUAGCUAAUAGUUUUAGCUAACAAAAUUGGUUGUAAAUACCAUUUUUGGCCUGAUGAUAGAGCUCACACUUUACCUGUACUAUAUCAAAGGUACUCAUUUUUUUUUAGAGAAAACAUAAAACACCCAUCCUCUGCAUUGCUACUGUACCUGACUCAUUUUAAAACAGUUAGCUAAUGAUAUUUUUUUAAAAAGCUGCUUCACUAGAUGGCAAGAUGACUACAGGAUUUAACGGUUUAUGUCUUGUUUGAAAUACUCUGGGCUUUUAUGGGAAUCUGUUUAUACUGUACAGAAAGUAAUUUUAGGGUUAAAAGCCAGUGAUCAGGGAAAGACUUUAGAAUCAGCUGAAUUUAUCUGUACUGUGAAUUUUUGAAUUCUGAAAAAAAAUCAAGACUGUGGCUGAAAUUGUAAAAUUAUUUGCCAUUUGCAGGAUUCACAUGGGUUCUAGAGUAUUGCAUGUUCCUGGGACAUGCAAGCACGGACAAUACUAAUGCAUACACCUUCUGCUAAGUGCUUACACCAUCUACACAGGAGGCUGAUGUUUUAUUUACAAACAAGUGUGUUUUGGUGACUUGGGAAAAAUCAAAGCUAAUGAGCAUUUAGAGGUAAAACUUGUCGUUGUAAGAGUAUGAGAUGUAUUUAUUUAUGAAAGACGACCAUAAAUUGACCUUGGUGACACUGGUUAAAAUGAGUAAAAAUGACACAACGGGAAAACACAGGCCAGCUGAUGGUUAUCUGUGUCAUAUAAAACUGUUUUAAGCUAUUAAUUCAGUGUUCUAUUCUUUUUUUGUUGUUUUCUUUUUUAUAUUGCACAGCAUUAAAUGCCACAAAGAAUGAUUUUAGUUAACAGUACCUGUCUGCUCAUUCCUUCAACUACUCAUUCUCCUAUGUGUUGUCAAGGCUACAUGGCCAUGAUGACUGUUUGCGGUACGUGCAUCUAUUUGUUUUACUUAAAAUAAAUGUAAUCUGGAA